ACUCGGAGCAGCGGCGGUGGUUAACGGAGCUCGGAGCCGUGAGGUCAGGUGAGGCGGCCCUCUCCUCGGUCGCCAUUUCGGGAUGCGGUGCUGCUCUCGCGGCCCUUUCCUGGUGUGAGGCAGGGGCUGCUCGCGACUGGGGCCGCUUUUCGACCCGACGGGACCGUUCGGAGCCCCGGGUGCCCUGUAUGGCGGCUGGGUGCCGGUGGCCUGUGCUCUGCUGGGACCGGCGGGUGUGGGCUCCGCCACUCGCACCUCCGCCCUCAGUGCGGGGCUGAGCCUGCGGGGCGGGAGGGCGCCGAGCUGGGAGAAAGCAGCUCCGUCCUGUAAACGCAGCUGCCGGUGUUUAACUAGAAUUCAUGCAGGCUUACUGUUCGAAUGCGUUUCUGGAUGUAACUGGUUGCUUUUCCUUUGCUGUGCCGUUGUGCUGGGUGUCUGUGUGCUUAGCGGGACGUUGCUCGGUGCUUCUGAUACGGCACCUUACUUGUGUUAUUUGACUGGCCCUGUGCGCGCAGGGCUCUGUGGCUGUACAUCGGAGAAAACAUGGCAGAUCCUUGGCAAGAAUGUAUGGAUUAUGCAGUUACGUUGGCAAAGAAAGCUGGAGAAAUGAUCCGUGGAGCACUCAAAGAAGAAAAAUCCAUUAUGAUUAAAAGUUCACCAGUGGAUCUAGUGACUGAAACUGAUCAAAAAGUAGAAAACUUCAUUAUCUCAUUAAUAAAAGAAAAGUAUCCUUCUCACAGCUUUAUUGGAGAAGAAUCGGUUGCAGCCGGAGAGGGCAGCAUUUUGACGGAUAACCCUACAUGGAUUAUAGACCCUAUUGAUGGAACUACCAACUUCGUACACAGGUUUCCAUUUGUGGCAGUUUCAAUUGGCUUUGUUGUAAACAAAAAGAUAGAGUUUGGAAUUGUGUAUAGCUGUGUUGAAGACAAGAUGUACACUGCCAGAAAAGGAAAAGGGGCAUUUUGCAAUGGUCAGAAACUUAAAGUGUCAGGCCAAGAAGACAUUACAAAAUCCCUUCUAGUGACAGAAUUGGGAUCAAAUCGUGAUCCAGAGACUAUAAAAAUAGUUCUUUCUAACAUGGAAAGACUCCUCAGUAUUCCUAUUCAUGGGAUUAGAGCUGUUGGUACAGCAGCUGUGAACAUGUGCCUUGUGGCAGCGGGUGGAGCUGAUGCCUAUUAUGAAAUGGGGAUUCACUGCUGGGAUAUGGCAGGGGCUGGAAUCAUUAUUACUGAAGCAGGCGGUGUACUUCUGGAUGUAUCAGGUGGACCAUUUGAUUUGAUGUCUCGGAGAAUAAUUGCAGCAAGCAGUCGACCUAUUGCAGAGAGAAUAGCCAAAGCACUUCAGAUAAUUCCUCUGAAAAGAGAUGAUGCAACUAACUGAAUACCAAAGCUGCACCUUAAACAUACAAUUAUACAGUGGUUCUCUCUCUCUCGUGUUUGUUCUACACCUUGCACCUGAUUAAAAAAAGAGAAAAAUAGAUUGUGUUCUUUCAGUACUGGAUAGCUUAUGGUGUGACUGUGAAGUGGUGUUUUGAGGUUGGACCAAGAUCUAAGUAAGCUUUUAUUGUCAAGUAUUCUAUUUAGCAUUAAAAACACAUAUUUGCUUCCUUUUAUAGAUCUACAACUGCUGUUUUGAAGCUUUAUACUACACUGGAAGGCAUAGCGUAAGACCCGUUGUUUAGUUACAUAAUAACGAAACAGAUUCACUAUCUCAACACCACGUAAUUGCAUCUGACCAGAAACUGAAGGCAAUACUGUUUAUCCGAUCUCCAACCAUUUUUCUCCUGACUGUUGUUUCUUUUUCAUCGUCAUCAGCAUAACAAUUUCCUUAACUUGUUAGGGUUUUUCUAGAAGUAGUUUGUGUGUUUCCGAAUGUUUUUUUAGUUGCUUGUAGUUUGGGAUCUAAUUUAAAGCCUUUUUUAGUUACCUGUCUUUUGUUUUUGUAGUCGUGGUUCUACCUUUUUUACAUUAGAUAAACAGUCUAUUUUUCUGCUUUUUAUGUGGCCAGUAUUCUUGCAUAUUUAUUACAGUUGCAGAAAUAAUAAUUACGUGUUUUUCCCCGGAAUAAGUUCUGAGCACACUUCCUAUUGACAGAUGGACUUGCUCCAAAUUAAGAUUGAAGUAUGACUUUAAAUUUGUCCUGUCAGUUGGAAUUAUCAGCUUGUAUGUACUAGGUUCUCACACUUAUUAUUUGGAACUGUAAUAUCCAUUAAUCUUGUUCGAGUUUCUCCAUUAUGAAUUUAUUUCAGAACCUAAGGAAUAAUUAAAGUCUGAGCUGGCAAAAAAAUAAGCCAGUAGUCCAGGCUUCUUACAUCAUUCUCUGUAAGUUAUAAUAGCAAUGACUGAGUUCAGGUUUCCAUUGUGUUAUGUUGUAUAUAGGUAUAAAAGAAAAUAUGUUUCUAAACCUAAGUGUUUAUAAAUCUAAGAAAUGCCAGUAAUCUAACGCUUUAAGUGUAUAGUUCUAAACUUAUAAAACUAUACUGUUCUUUGCAUUUUUGUAUUUAAAAGUAUCAGUCUACUGACCAAACAAUGAAUGCACUUUAAGAAAAAACCUUAAUUUAGAUCAGUUUUUAACCUGAUUUUUCUGCGUCUGAGGUCUCCAAAAGAAAGUUGUCUUAUAGAGAUUAUCCAGUCAAAAGAUAGCAAUAUUUUGGGAAACCUGACUUCUUGUACUGCUGUCCCACUAUUUUUGUUUUGGAAAAUGAUCUCACUUGAAAGUUCCAGCAGAUUUCUUAUGUAAUGUGAGCCUUCAAUAUCAGUUCUUCUUUUUGCAAAUUUGCUGAGAUGUUGUAUUUGAAACUGUAUCUAAUGCCAGAUGAUUAACAUUAGCUGCUGAUCAGAUAUUCAUAGGUCUUUGUCAAAAAAAAAAAAUCAGACUUAAUUUUACUUCUAAAGUUACCAUUAGAUAGGAACUGUUUGGCCAUUUCACUGUAACUUUAUUGCUGUAAAUGAUUUGGGAUCAUUGUUAUUUCUUGAGUAUGACAGCUGUACCCUUUCUCUGGCUUUUGUAGAACAAACCCUGCGUAACUUUUUUUAAAACUGAUUAAUUUGUGAAAUGGAGACAUAGAUUAAAAAAAAAAAAUGAGGUGAGAGAAUGUGUUCAAAAUAAAUGGGUCCCAGAACAGCA